UACCAUCCCACUCUAAAUCUAACCCCUUCCACUCUCAGUCUCCAUCUUCCUCUAGUUUUGAGGUUUUGGUUUUCCCAUUUUAGGAGGGGUUAGGUUUGUCUGUAGCAAUGGCCACAGUCAAGUUUGUUGCUGCUUUGAUCUUGUCACUCCUUGCAAUCUCCAUGCUCCAAACCAUGGUUAUGGCAAACCAUGGCCAUGGAGGUCACCACAAAGGCAAUAAUCAAUAUGGACCAGGGAGUCUCAAGAGCUACCAAUGCCCAUCACAGUGCACAAGGAGGUGCAGCCAGACCCAAUACCACAAGCCCUGCAUGUUUUUCUGCCAGAAAUGCUGCAGCAAGUGCCUGUGUGUGCCUCCAGGGUAUUAUGGAAACAAGGCUGUGUGCCCUUGCUACAACAACUGGAAGACCAAGGAAGGAGGACCAAAAUGCCCUUGAAGCUUUUGAGCCCUCUUCCUUCUUAUCUAGUCUACUCUACUACUAACUAUAUAUAUGAUAUGUAUUCUCUUUGAGCUGGGUUUGUUUUUGUUGGUUAAAAGGGACUAGAUCAGAAAUCUCUGUGAUCUGGUCACUGAGAAAGAGUUUACCUAAAAUGUGGGUAUGGCUAUUAUUAAUCUAUAGUCACUGAUGCAAUUUCAGGCUUUUA